CUCGUUUUCUCUUCCACGAGCCAAAAUCAGUUUCCAUUUGAAAAUUUUCCCGGGAAAAUGAGAGAAAUCCUUCAUAUUCAAGGUGGUCAAUGCGGCAACCAAAUCGGAGCUAAGUUCUGGGAAGUGAUCUGUAAUGAGCACGGGAUUGAUCCGACGGGAAAGUACGACGGCGACGCCGAUCUCCAGCUUGAGCGAAUCAAUGUCUAUUACAACGAAGCUAGCGGUGGAAGGUACGUACCUCGCGCCGUCCUUAUGGAUCUGGAGCCGGGAACUAUGGAUUCCAUCAGAUCUGGCCCCUUCGGACAGAUUUUCCGGCCAGAUAACUUCGUCUUCGGCCAAUCCGGCGCCGGAAACAACUGGGCUAAAGGUCAUUACACUGAGGGAGCUGAAUUGAUUGACUCCGUGCUCGAUGUUGUUAGAAAGGAAGCUGAGAAUUGCGACUGCUUACAAGGGUUUCAAGUUUGUCACUCGUUGGGUGGAGGAACUGGGUCUGGAAUGGGAACUCUUCUCAUCUCCAAGAUAAGGGAAGAGUAUCCAGAUCGUAUGAUGCUCACAUUUUCAGUUUUCCCAUCUCCUAAAGUCUCUGACACAGUCGUGGAGCCAUAUAAUGCUACUCUCUCUGUGCAUCAGCUUGUCGAAAAUGCUGACGAAUGUAUGGUUUUGGACAAUGAAGCUCUUUACGAUAUCUGUUUCCGCACCCUCAAGCUAGCCACUCCAACUUUUGGAGAUCUAAACCACCUGAUCUCUGCCACAAUGAGCGGUGUCACAUGCUGUCUUCGUUUCCCUGGUCAGCUUAACUCCGACCUCCGUAAGCUCGCAGUCAACCUAAUCCCGUUCCCGCGUCUUCAUUUCUUCAUGGUUGGUUUUGCCCCUCUCACAUCCCGUGGCUCUCAGCAAUACCGUUCCCUAUCAGUGCCCGAACUGACUCAACAAAUGUGGGACGCUAAGAACAUGAUGUGUGCUGCUGACCCAAGACACGGACGUUACUUGACUGCAUCAGCAAUGUUCCGUGGCAAAAUGAGCACAAAAGAAGUAGACGAACAGAUGAUCAAUGUCCAGAACAAAAACUCUUCAUACUUUGUUGAAUGGAUCCCAAACAAUGUCAAGUCUAGUGUCUGUGACAUUCCUCCAAAGGGUCUCUCAAUGGCAUCCACCUUUAUCGGUAACUCAACCUCGAUUCAAGAGAUGUUCAGGCGGGUGAGCGAGCAGUUCACGGCAAUGUUUAGGAGAAAAGCUUUCUUGCAUUGGUACACAGGAGAAGGAAUGGACGAGAUGGAGUUUACGGAAGCAGAGAGCAACAUGAACGACCUUGUGGCUGAGUAUCAGCAAUACCAGGAUGCUACAGCUGAUGAGGAGGAGUAUGAAGAGGAGGAUGAAGAUGCUGAGCUCGAUGCUUGAGAUUUUUAGAUCUUUAAUUAAGUUUGUACCCAAAAAAAAAAAGAAUAUUGUUUUCUUUUCGUAUCCGCUGGCUUUGAUUGCUCUCUUUUGUCUGUUGUUUUACGGUAUUGUUUUGGGUGUAAAAAUUGUAAUGAAAAACUAAUUUGUGAGAGAGUGUUUUGGUCCUAAUCUUUUCUCGUUUCGGUUUAUAUAUCUGGUUUGGUCGUAUUUAAUUAUGGUUAUGUGAGCAAUCAAAGUAUUGUCACACG